AACGCAGAGCCAGCGACAGACUGCUGGACGGGGUUUCACUAGAAAAUAAAAUUAGGUACGACGUUUAUUAAGACAAGCGGGAGAGAAACAAAACUCCUUAUCCAAAAACUACAGCUGCUACAGUGGUGAGAAAUGAGUUUGCUGUUAUGCGACGCAUUAAAAUAGUAAAACAGAUGGAGAAUUUGCAGGAAUGUUUUGGGACCGACUUGAUGUGGGCUGCAAAGCUGGGGAAACAGUUGGGCAACCCCACACGAUCAGUGGGCGGAUGGUUGGUCAGCAAGCUUCUUACAGUUCGAAACAAGGUCCUUGAGGAAAAUGCUGUGCAGUUGUGCGGGAUCCAACCAGGGGACACUGUGCUGGAGCUGGGUCAUGGUCCGGGUCUGGGUCUGCAGUCAGCAGCCAAACUGCUCACAGAUCCUAAUGGCCACCUCAUUGGGGUGGAUUAUUCAGAGUACAUGCAUCAGAUGGCAAAGGAGCGAAUGAAAGAACUCAUAACCAGUGGGAAAGUGACUCUACACCACUGUGAUGUUGCUGCAAUGCCUCUGGCAGAGAACACUGUGGAUAAAGUCUUUCACUGUAACUGCUACUACUUUUGGCCUGACCUCAGGAAGGGAGCCACAGAAAUACAUCGUGUAAUGAAACCAGGAGGACUGAUGAUUACCACGUUAAGAUUUUCUCAUUUGGCGACACUGACAGCAAAGCGAGUGCUGCCAGGAAAGAACUGGCACCCAGACACCUAUAUGGCAGCUCUGAAAGAUUCUGGCUUCACUGAUGUCAAGAUGGAAGACAAACAGCACAAGGACAUAACUUUUCAGGCUAUUUAUGCCACUGCCUUAAAAUGAAAGUGCAUGUUCCACCCUGAUUCUGUUAUUUUAAUUUGUUUUAUUUUUCUAAUUACCUAAAUUUAACAUAGUAUGCCUUUUUUACCAUGAAUUAUUAUAUGUAACUGCAUUGUUAAAAAUGUUUCCCUUGAUUAUUUCAACAUAUUUGGAGGUUGCUCAGUUGCACCUUGGCACAAGAAGAUCAUUCUGUUGUAUUGUAUUCUGUUAAUAUUGUGACUGAAAUAUGUCAAUACCAAGAAGAUUUGUUUUCCGAUAUCAGAAUUACAAUAGUGCAAAUUUAUUCAGUUGACAAACGAAUGUCUAAAUUCUUAUGUCUGAAAACAGAUUACAUGCUUGGAAUUAGUUCUUUAAUAACUUAUUUAAUAAAGUACAUCUGAUUCAGAUUCUUUCGGAGCAGAAUGGUAAUGUUAUAUUUUCAUAAAAUCAUUAAGCUUAAAGACAUAAAAUAUUGGGAAGAUCUAACAGUUGGAUGAACUUAAGUAUAUUAGGCUUAAAUUAGAUCAAAUAAUAACUAAUUUACUAAAGUGGGAAAAAGAA